AUGGACAUUGAUGACGAUUUGGCAAUUUGUCAGCUUGAGUGUAUGGGAACUGAAUCCACCACAAAAUUUGUACCAAAUCAGGCUUGCAAGUCACUGCUGCUCAGAGCUUUUAGUCAAUGGCGUGAUAUAGAGGUACUAUUGCGAUUUCAAGCACGAUCUAGUUUGGGAGAAGGGGUUGAGAUCCAGUCAAACAAGAGACUUAUCUCUAUGAAUGAAGUUAGCAACCACCAGAAGGAGGGCCAAAUGUGGACUGUGUUAAAAGGUCUUGUUUACAAUAUAUCUCCAUAUGUGAAGUUUCACCCUGGAGGAACAGCUAUCAACUCAAUUGCAAGUGCUGAUAUAUUGAAGAAGGCCGAGGAAAAGAUUGCACAUCUCGAUUCAGUUUCUAAGAACUUUCAAAGGGGACUAUAUUGGUCAUCCUAUUUUGUGCUGGAUAUUCAUGUUGGUCUGUUCAUGCUCAUGCCUACGAUUCAAGUUGCUGCGUAG